GAAUCAAAUGGGUCCAUGCAAAGCUUUCUUUUCUCCUUCGUAUACUCAGACCUAACCAUGGGCCUUCUUGUUUUCAUUGAUACCAUAGCGCUGUGUUUGGUUGUUUCCUCGGCACUGCUUCAGCGUUUUGAAGAAGCACCUAAACCAGAUGGGUCGCUUAGCUUCUUGGUCAUUGGAGAUUGGGGAAGAAAAGGAGCUUACAACCAAUCUCAAGUUGCGUUUCAGAUGGGGGUUAUUGGAAAGCAAUUGAACAUCGAUUUUGUGAUUUCCACCGGAGACAAUUUUUAUGACAAUGGCUUGACAGGCAUAGACGAUCCAGCCUUUGACGACUCAUUCACCAAUAUCUACACUUCUUCUAGCUUGCACAAACAAUGGUACAGUGUUUUGGGCAACCAUGACUAUAGAGGCGAUGUUGAGGCACAGCUGAGUCCUGUCCUCAGAAAUUAUGACAAGAGAUGGCUUUGCUUGAGAUCUUUUAUUGUCAAUGCAGAAGUUGCAGAGUUUUUCUUCGUGGAUACCACUCCGUUUGUGGACAAGUACUUCACAGAACCUGGGGACCAUGUUUAUGAUUGGAGAGGAAUACACCCUCGCAAAAAAUAUAUUUCCAACCUCCUCAAGGACGUGGAUUUGGCUUUGCGAGAAUCAAAUGCAAAGUGGAAAAUUGUAGUGGGUCACCAUACAAUUAGAAGUGCUGGGCAGCACGGUAACACAGCUGAACUUGUAAAUCAGCUUCUCCCAAUUCUCCAGGCGAACAACAUUGAUAUGUUCAUAAAUGGACACGAUCACUGCCUACAACACAUAAGCAGUAUUGACAGUGGAAUACAAUUUUUUACAAGCGGUGGAGGGUCUAAGGCGUGGAGGGGAGUUGUGAACAAGUGGAAGGAAGAAGAAAUGAAGUUGUACUACGAUGGUCAAGGAUUCAUGUCUGUUCAGCUCACUCAAACGGAAAUUGACAUAGUAUUCUAUGAUGUCUUCGGCCAUGUUCUACACAAAUGGAACACCUCCAAACAGCUUCACCGACCUUCGUGAACAAGUUCAAAGCCCCUUCAACCAUUGAGUCCAAUAUCAUUGCUCAUCUCGUUUGCCUUCAUAUUCACACUAUGAAAUUCAC